AAGGCUACAAAUAAUGGGCCAGCCGAAUGGGUCACCGGAGCAAAAUUGCACACUGCGGUAGUGCACCUGCAAAUCGACAGUUUAAAGACGAGCAGGAUUGCCACUUUGAAGCCGUUUACCUUGAAAACGCCGUCGUUUUGUUCUCUGUAACUAGGGUUCUCUGUUCCUCCCAAUCCCUCUCUGGCUCUCCUCCUUCCUCUUCCUCUCCCUCUCCCUCUCCCACUGAUUAGAGAGACUCAACACAGCAGCGGUCGGCUGUUGGCGGAGGGAAGGAACGCAUCCAUGAGAAAUUGAGAAUUCAGCGGGAGAAAGAGCCAUAAACCUUUGCUAAUAGAGGACGAUUUGUUCAAGAUAUUGUUCUAUUGUUGCGUUGAGGAUGAAAUUCCCUGUGUUGUUAUUGUUUUUCUUCUCACUCAGCUACGCCACAUCUCCAAUUGCCGCCGGAUCAGCAUCUCUUCGCGGAGUUGCUCCCGAAGAUGAGAAGUAUUACAAGUCGGCGGAGAUAAUGAAAUGCAGAGACGGAUCGAACAAGUUCACGAGAGCUCAGCUCAACGACGACUUCUGCGACUGCCCCGAUUCCUCCGACGAGCCUGGAACAUCGGCAUGCCCAAAUGGGAAAUUCUACUGUCACAAUGCUGGGCAUGUUCCACUUUUUAUAUUUUCUUCUAGAGUGAAUGAUGGUAUAUGCGAUUGCUGUGACGGGAGUGAUGAAUAUGAUGGUAAAGUGAAAUGCUCAAAUACAUGUUGGGAGGCUGGGAAAGUUGCUAGAGAUAAGCUAAAGAAGAAGAUUGAAACAUAUAAGGAAGGGAUCAAUCUCCGAAAAAAUGAUGUUGAAAAAGCAAAAUUAGCUUUAGUUAAAGAUGAGGCAGAGUUAUCAAAGCUGAAAAAUGAGGAGAAAAUACUGAAAGGGCUCGUUCAGCAGCUUAAGGAGCGCAAAGAGCAAAUAGAGAAAGCAGAGGAGAAAGAACGAUUGCAAAAAGAGAAAGAAGAGAAGGAAAAAAGGGAAGCUGAAGAGAAAGCCAAUCAGGAGAAAGGUGAAGCCCAGGAGAAAGCUGAUCAGGAAGCAGAAAAACCUGACUAUGAAGGAGAAAAACCUGUGGAAAAUAGAGAUGAUGACAAGAUUGGGCUUUUAGAGGAUUCUACUUUGAAUCAGGAUGCAACACAUGAUGAACCAGCAGUUGAAGUUGCGCAUGGCUAUGAUUCUGGAAAUGAAGGAUCUCUAAAAGAUCCAUUGAAGCAGCAUGAUGCAGAUGAUGUGAAGGAGGAGGCUGCAGUUGUGCAUGAAGCUACUCUUGAUGGUGGAAGCAAGGUGGAGGGUGCAUCUGAAAAUACUGAGGACUUGUCAAGAGAGGAGCUGGGUCGCCUUGUUGCUUCUCGAUGGACAGGAGAAAAUUCUGAGCGGCAAACUACCGAAAAUGAUGCUGUGAAAGAUAGUGCUCAUGAAGGUCUGGAAGAAAGUCAAGAUAGCACUCAUGAUGAAGAAUAUGAUGGGUAUGCUUCAGAAACUGAUGAUGACCACCAUAGUUAUGAUGAUGAUGAUGUAGAAGACCAGAUAGAUGAUUUUGUAGAAGACCAUGAUGAUUCUAGUUCUUCAUACAAAUCUGAUUUGGAAAAUGACACAGAUUCAUCAGAUAUAACAACCUCAAGUAAUCCAACUUGGUUAGAGAAGAUACAACAGACUGUAAGAAGCAUUUUACAGGCAGUAAAUUUGUUCCAGAUUCCAGUGGAUAAAUCAGAGGCUGCUCGUGUACGCAAGGAAUAUGAUGAAUCCAGUGCCAGGUUGUCAAAAAUGCAAACAAGAAUAUCGAGCUUGACACAAAAGCUAAAGCAUGAUUUUGGGCCAGAGAAGGAGUUCUAUUCAUUUUAUGACCGUUGUUUUGAGAGCAAGCAGACCAAGUAUGUUUACAAAGUUUGCCCAUUUAAACAAGCUUCCCAGGUGGAGGGCCACAGUACAACUCGAUUGGGGCACUGGGAGAAAUUGGAGGACUCGUACAGAGUCAUGCUAUUCUCAAAUGGGGAUAAAUGCUGGAAUGGACCUGAUAGAAGCUUAAAGGUCAGGUUAAGAUGUGGGUUGAAAAAUGAGAUUGUUGAUGUGGAUGAACCAAGCCGAUGCGAAUAUGUAGCUCUGUUAUAUACCCCUGCUCUUUGCCUAGAAGAAAAACUUAAGGAAUUACAACAUAAACUGGACUCGAUGAACAAGGAACUGCCAGAGAGUCAUGACGAGCUUUAAACCGUCCUUAUGGAACUGACCCAGUAAAAAAUGUUACGGAGGAGAAUCAUCUUGAAUGAUAUUUAGAUGCAUGGUGCAGCCUUUUUUGUCAGGUUGUCAAUCGAAGGUAGCCUCGUUAAGAAUUUAUGAUUUGUGGAUGACAUUGAUUUAAUGGCAGUUGUUUUAUUGGGAGGGGUGGACUGAGGCUUUUGAGCAUGAGAGAUUGUGAGUAGAGGUCCACGAAAUUCUGAUAAUGUUGGGAGUAUGUUGAAUUGAGGUUUAGAAUAAUAAAAUCACUGAGGAUGGCACUGUUGCUGUUGUGAAACAUUUUGAAAUUGGGCUUACAAGAAUAUAUUAGUUUUUAUGGAACUUUAAUUAUUUAUUA